AUGGAGCCCAAGGCCGCCACGUCCCCGCCUGGGCGUCUGCCACGACUUAAUCUAGAUGAAACACUCGAUGCGUCUAUUGGAUCCUUGUCUUCUCCUGACAAUGUGAUAACUAGCUCGACAGAACAAUCCGUCGACUGCAAAGCAAAGUCCACAAUAAAAGCGCUAUCACCACUGAAAGAAUCUGCCAAGACGCGACUCCGUAGUGAAACCAGCAAUGUCUCGCAAUUCUCCAAAUAUCGCCAAUUCUGCAACUGGGUGCAACACUUACGUGAUACGUUUGGAACUGCUUUCUUGGUACUUAGUACAAUUGUGUACGUCGUUCAAGGCUUCUCGAGCUUUACGGUUUUAGCGAUCAAUUACUUUUUUAAAGACAAUUUGGGUCUGCAACCAAUUGAGUCGCAAUUGCUACACAUGAUCACGAAGAUUCCGUGGAGAGUCAAGCCAGUCUACGGUAUUCUCUCGGAUAGUUUGCCUUUAUUUGGCUACCACCGAAAGUCGUACAUCAUGCUCUGCAGUGUCUUGCAAACGACAGUGACGCUAGUGAUGGCUGUGCCAGACCUUGUUACUACACCAACGAUGGCUGUACUUAUGCUGAUGCUACAAAGUCUGUCAGUAGCUGUUAUUGACGUGGUGAUUGACGCUAGAGUUGUCGAAAUCUCUAGACUUGAUCCUGAAAAUGGUCCAAAUGACCUGCAAUCAUUGUCGUGGGUAGCUACAUCUUUAGGUGGCAUGCUUGGUGCUUUCCUAUCUGGUCCCGCUACGGCAUGUUUGGGCGUACGUGGUGUCUUCUGUGCAGCAGCUUUGGGUCCAAUCACGACUUUACUAUUGUCAAUGUUUAUGGAAGAAUCCCAGAGUACGCUGAGCAAGCGCGAUUUUGUAUCGUCUGCAACCAAGCAACUUCGACAACUCAAGAUUGCCAUUUCCACUCCUGUCGUUUGGAUGUGUGCAUUGUGGGUCUUUAUCUCGCAUGCAAUCAGUCCCGCGUACACUCAAAUUUUGUUCUUUUUUUCUACUGACGUGCUGCAUUUUACACCCGAGUUCUUAGGAACUGUCUCGGCUAUUGGCUUUAUAUUUUUAAUGGCAGGUACAAUGCUGUACAAUACUUAUUUCACGAAUGUCUCGUUUCGAAGAAUAUUUUUUGUCGCACAAUUAUGUCUCGCUCUCGUGUCGCUUGUAGACGUUGUAUUGGUAACACGUCUCAAUUUAGAAAUUGGAAUACCAGACAAGGCGUUUGUAUUGGGGGACCACGUGGUGGCAGAUGUUAUUGGUCGUCUCAAAACGAUGCCGAUCAUGGUACUUUGUGCUAAAUUAUGUCCUAGGGGGAUCGAAGGGACUUUAUUCGCGCUCCUCAUGUCAAUUUCCAACCUCUCAUACAGUGUGAGCGAAUUCUGGGGUGCAUUUGUUUGCGAUUGGAUGGGAAUUUCGAAAGACGAAUACGAAAUGUUGUGGUUGGCUAUUGUACUUCGAAGUGCUUUAAAAGUGGUGCCAAUCUUUUUCCUCUUUUUAAUUCCAUCGUCAGAUCCACAAGAUUUGAUUGACAAAAUGGAUUUGGGCUCACCAGUUCGCGCCAAUCUAGAGGAUGAUAAUGAUACUGUUGGCACAAUUCGAGAAAAUCAGCAAGUGGAUACUUGCUCACCCUCUGAACAAGUGGUCUUGAAUAGCACAUCUGCUGUUAUAGUCUAG